AUGGGGUGCCGUAGCGGUGGCACUGGUGUCACCGCAGACCGCGUCACUGCGGGUGCAGCAAGCAGCGAAGCCAUUUCACUGUGCCACGGGCACACCGGCGGCCGCGGGCCGGAGUGUCAGCACGAAGGGCCACCACAGCUGAUGUGCCUGGGCUUGCUCCGUGUCCUUCUGUUCUCUUCUCUUUCUUUGCUUGCAGCUCUCCCUCACCCACCUCAGUUCAGCCCAGCUGAGCACAACCAAGAGAGAAGUGUUUGGUACGUGCGCAGGGACUCUAUGAUCAAGCACCAGGCCCAGAAAGCUCCCCCUGGGCAACACAGGCACUGUGAGCGAUGUUACAGCCGGCACUGCCGCACACCCAUUGAGGUGUCCAUGUCCUGCAUGGUGAUCAGCUGCCCCCUCCACUGCGGGGCCACCUUCCACAUGUGCAAGGUGGAGGAACACAAAUUACUCUGUCCCUUGGAGCAGGUGUCCUGUCUCAACUCAGCCUAUGGCUGCCCUUUCUCUAUGGCCCGCUUUAAGCUGGGGAAGCACCUCCAGGUCUGUCCAGCCAGUGUUGUCUGCUGCUCAAUGGAGUGGAAUCGCUGGCCAAAUGUGGAUUCAGACACAACUCUGCACAAGAAUAUUAUGAAAGAGACCUUGAAUGAAGAAUGUCUGGACACAGCUUUGGCACUCAGAGACCAGAAGAUACUUUUCAGGACUUUGAAAAUAGCUGAAUUAUUUCCAGAAUGGAGGAAAAAGGAUGAACUGGAAGAACUCAUGGAUCAAGCCAUGGGUGGGGAAGCAGGUGCUGUGGGAGGAGCUGCCUGUGGUUCCCAAGAGGGCAAUGACCAGUCUGAGCUCAGCCAGCGUGAGCGGGAAGAUUUGGCAAAGGACAAAGAGGGAAUGGAUCUGGGGAGUUACAAAACUUGGGAGAACAUUUUCAGCAAAGAGCUUCUGGCUUGCCAGGUAACAGGCUCGGCAACCAGCACAGGACAAAAGACAGAGGAGGCUACCAAGAAAACAGCAGCAGCCUCUCAUGCUGCCAGCUCUACAGGGAAGGCAAAGGAAGGACCUGAGGGUGCAGAAGAGGGAAAGAGCCAAAAGUCUGAACAAGUUACACCAAGUAGAGCACUGAAUGGACUGGCUCCCUGGCAAGAAGGGGUCCUGGAGAGGCUGAAGAAGGAAGUCAGUGUAGCUGAUUACAACAUGUAUUUGGUACAUCAUGGAGGAAUGCUCAUCCGCUUUGGCCAGAUGGCUGCUUGCACUCCUAGAGAAAAAGACUUUGUCUAUGGGAAAUUGGAAGCCCAGGAGGUAAAGACUGUCUAUACUUUCAAAGUGCCAGUUAGUUACUGUGGCAAAAGAGCACGACUAGGAGAUGCACUGGGUCACAAGAUGCCAACUUCAGACAAGUCAGUGGAUACCUCAGAACUAGGAAUCAAUGUAGAAGAACUACCUAAGACAAACAUAGUUAAAGCCACACUGCUGUGUGCUCUGGAAAAAGAGCUGAAAGGCCAUGAGAUCUCUGAAGCAAGAGGUAUUGAUGGACUCUUUGUGGAUUUUGCAACACAGACAUACAAUUUUCCUUUGGAGCCUUUCUCUUCCAGUGCAGUUCUAGCAGAUAUUCUGGAUGAAAACAGCCCACCAGAAUUGCACAUGGAGCUCUACACUGAAUGUGUAACCAGAAGACACAACAAAAACAGUUCAGCUUUCACAUUCACUUGCAGCCAUUUCUUUAGGAGGGAUGAGUUCCCAUCCCACUUCAAGAAUGUGCAUGCUGAUAUCCAGUCAUGCCUGGAUGGAUGGUUCCAGCAUCGGUGCCCACUGGCCUACUUGGGAUGUCCUUUUGUCCAAAAUCACUUCUGCCCCGAGGGACUUAAGGCCAAGGUUAUUUACAGCAAGCCUCUCAAGACAUUUGCUAUUAAGCCAGAGGUGGACACCCUUCUUGCUGAAACGGGCAAGUGCAAUUCCACAGUGGAUAGUCGAGGGAGAAAAAAGGACUUGCUGAGCAGCCUCCCAGUAGAAGUGCUCAAGUACAUUGCAGGAUUCCUGGACAGCUUCAGUUUGUCUCAGCUAUCACAAGUGUCAGUGCUCAUGAGGGACAUCUGUGCCACUCUUCUUCAAGAGAGGGGAAUGGUCCUGCUCAUCUGGGAGAAAAAAAGAUAUUCCCAUGGUGGUACUUCUUGGAGAGCUCGCAAAAAGAUCUGGCAGUUCAGCAGCCUGUUCUCCAGAGUUCACAACUGGCAGCACAGCGACGUCCCGAGCAUGUCGGAGCACCUGAGGAAUUGUCCCUUCUACCAGGCGGAGCACAGGAUGGACCCCGUGCUGCUGACGGGCAUGAGCGAAUCUCGGGAGCAGACUCAAAAGACUUUGGUCUCUACUUUCAAGCUCAGAGUCUGAACAACUUGCUUCCCCUCUGCCAUGCUUUCCUCCAGGGGUCUUGAGAUGAGGAUUCAGAUGUAAAGAUUGUUGCUUCCAACUCUCCUUUGGACAUACAAAAUUGGCUUCUCCCCAGCUGUGUUUGAAACCUCUGCAUUUUUUUCCUGCAUUAAUUUGUUAAAACUUCAACCACUGCUUACUAACAUCACAUGCUUUUUGUUUAUGUUUUUGUUCCCGGUUUAAUACAGCAUCUUGAAGAAAGCAAUGAGGAUCAUAUUUGAAAACAGCAUUUUUACAUCCUUGAAGAGUCUGAACUGGAAAAGAGGAUCCUAUUCCAGAAGAGCAUUGAGGUUGCUCUCAGUCCAGCCCUCAUAGUCUGGAUCUUCAUGACUGAUCUUGUUUGUGCUGUCCACAAGUCCUGUGAAGUGCAAAGAGCAAUACUCCGCACACUCCAGGCUGAUGUGUCUUGCAGUUUUUCCUCUCAGUGGAAAGUGGAAGUGAAAUUGAAGGCAUCAUGGAAAUCAGAAAAGUCAGAGCAGGGGAAAAUACUAUGACACGAGAAUACAGGAAACAGAAAAGUAAUGGGUUUGGAUAGAGAAUCCUGCCUCUUUGUAGGUGGUGUGAGGAGAGGCAAGAGGAGACAGGUAAAAGAGCACAGGAAUGAAAGGAUUUGGGAUGUGCUGCCAAAACCAGAUGUUUUCUGUAUAAAAGCAUUUCCUUGAGAAAGAUUCUGGAAAUUCCAAUUAGUGCUAUACAGCAACAUGGGGCAGAUGAUAAUUUUUAAGAGGUGAAAGGGCAAGUGACCUACUGACAUGUAUCAUAAGUCUGGGUUGAAGGAAGGAUUUUUUUUGAUGGACCUCCAACUCCCAAAACUGAGUGAGCCACAGAUAAGGUCAAGUUUAUCUGACAGUGCCUGUUAUUUUGCAAAACUCUGUAACUCCUUGUUGCAUUCUUAAGAAUAAAAAUCAUUGUGGUAUAAAAAGAUCCAUUCAGAUUCAGGUUCUUAUCUUGUAUUUAUUGCUUCAUCACAUUAAUGUAUGUUUUGCCUUCAAAUCAGGUGUGGCAGUUCCUGUACCCUCACAUUCAUUAUGGUCCUGUCCACUGCUCUGCUCUUCACUAUCAUUUUCCCGAUCGAAGACUUCUAUUUAUGUGUGUUUUAUAUGUAUUUAAUUUUAACAAAUAUUUUUAGGUUUGACCCCAUCUUCUUGUACAGCAUUUUUUCCUUCCUGAUUAAAUUAUUUACUUCAAUGAAAAACUAUCUCUUCUUUUAAAAAUCCAUUUUCCAGAUUGAUGUUACAUUGUAUCUGCAAAUGUAUGAAGAAAAGUUUUCUCCUUACCUUUCUGUUUGUGGUGCUCAUCCAAGUAGCUACAGAGGGGCUUUUGCUUCUUUGCUUUGCAUGUUCCAGAGACACUGUACAGAAAUUCUGUUCCAGGUCUCUCUCAGAAAUUCUGAGCAUCUUUCACAUACAGUUUCCUUACCACUGCAGUCCACACUAAAGAGUCUCAAAUUCCUUGGGUUUAAUUUCUUUUGAAACAAAACAUCCAUAUGCGGUGCAAACUUGUUCUUAUUUAUAUUCCCACCGAAUUUAUAUGUAAGGAAAUUAUGGUCACGCACUCCAAAUUUAUUUUUGAUGGCCAACCUGCUCUAUGACUUAAUUGCUAUUUGCAACUAACAAAUCUUUUUGGUAGGUUUCAGUGAUGGUUUGGUGAAGGAAUUUGUCAUGUCGUGCUAAGAAUUAUAGGCCUGAGGCCCACUAUGAUGAUAAAAGAUGAUUCACUGGUCCAUAACUUUGAAGUUAUUUUCACCAUAGCAGCAGAAUCCUUACUGGGGUUUAUCUCUUUUAAUAUUUGCUCUAUCCCUAUAUAUCCAGGCAUGAACUCGAGCAGUUCAUGGCAGACACUGAACUGCACCAGAGGAAAGCCUCUUUUAGCUUUCUGAGCUCCAUAUAAACAACCUGUAACAUCAUACACAUGAUAUAAUGAACUGGUUUUAUUUUCCUUUCUACCAGUCCUGAACAGCAGAAUUUUUAAUACUUGGGAUGUACUGUUAUUAUGCUACCAUGUUCCUGUACUUUAUGAUAUUUAGUUUACACCCUAUAUAGUUUCCUACCAAUAUCUAGAAGGUGGUUACAGAGAUAAUGGAGCCAAGGUCUUCUCAAGAGCAGCAGGUGAUGUAACAAGAAGCAGAGGCAACAAGCUGAAACUUGGUGGGUUCAGGCUGAACUUCAGGAACGACUUUUUUACUGGAAGGGUAAAAAAGCAGCACUGGAAACAGAUCCCCAGAAAGGUGGCAGUACCUUUCUGAGUAUCUUGGAGGGUUUCCAGAUUUUGGUUUGACAAAAUUAUGGUGACCUGGACUGAGUCAGAUGUGGACUGGAGACCUCUGGAGGUCUCCUCCCAGCAUCACUUCUUGGAUUCCACAGCAUUGUCUGAGAUUCCCAGCAGAAAACUGGCAUCUUCCACUCUGGCCUCACCUGCUUCCCUCAGCUGAACUAGAUGGUCCCUUGGCUUCUGCUAUUGUCUGUUGCUGCUUCUCUCAUCUCAAUGAGCGUAUCUUUCCCCUCGAUGUCUAGACCUCUGCUCACUGAUACCUACUUAUCUGCCAUUCACAUAGUGAUUUUAACAGGUUUUCAUCUCUCUGAGUAGGAAAACAGAUACUGUAGCACCACUGAAUGGCUCUCUUGAACUCGAUGCCUCAUGGUAAAGCUGUGCUUUGUUGGAAUAUAUGAGCGCCCUCUGAGAGCGUUGGUAAUGUUGGAUAAUAACCCGUAGGGCCAGAGGAGCAGAGGUGAGUGCAUCUCAGACUGGCAGAGGACUCACAGGGUGUGCUGGUAGGUGUGUGAUCUUACCCUGGAGAGGUAGUGGGAGCACCUGGCAGAGCAGCUGGCCCGUUUUUACAGCUCAUGGCUCCUAAGCAUAGCUUCUCCAGGAAGAGUUAAUAUUCCUUGUGAGGCUUUUCCAAGCAGGACUGAACUGGUGAGUGAGGAUCGGACUGAGAUGCAAAGGGUAAGUCUGAAUCCAGAGCCCCGAGCUGUGGCUGGGAGUUAUCAUGCUUUCCUGCAGGUGUGCAUCCAUGAUUUUAGCUGGCCACAGCAAGGGUGAGUUCUGUUACUGUGAGGAAACAGACCAGCAGAAAAGCAGCCAACUUCUCUCCAUGUGUUUGAAAGACAGAGAAAAGGCAGUACUUAAACACCAUCAGAGCUCAUCCAUUUACUUUCUCGCAGUUUGACGUUUCUUCCUGCAAAGCCAGGGCUGAAUUGGCAGCUGCUGGUGGCACUACACUCCCACUGGACUAAGGGGGAGCUGGAGCUGGCUCAUGCCACUGCAGAGCAGCCAUCUCCUUUCCAGACUGAAGAAGGUUUUUUAAAAAAAAAAAAAAACCGAUAAAACAAAACCACACUUCAGCCUCCAAGCCUUUCACAAAAAGCAGUUUAAAAAGCAAAUAUGCAGAGAAGUGACUGCUUUGACUGCUUUCAAACACUGCAGGUUGGGAGGGGCUCCUCGACUCAUUUCCCUGCUGUGUCCAGGCUCCCAAGCUUGGUGUGGGAAGAGUUAAUAGGCUUAAAUGCAGAGUUUCUUUUCCUGUAGCUUUGUCAAAGUGAAGUAUCCUGGUAGCCACUGUGGGGCUUCUCCUGCACUCCCACCCCUGUAGUGAAUGUCACCCAGUGUCACCUCCUAAAGGUGAAUGCGCUUCCAGAGGUACAGGAUGAGAGGGAUCCACUGACAGUCAGUAUCCAUCCCCCACAGAGAAUCCCUGCUGUAUAUGGUCUAGGAUGGAGAGGAGGUGGGCUCUGAGAUCCCCACACACAGCUUUCAGCAGGCUGGUGAGGGCCUUGCCUUACAUCCUGGCUCAUGGUCACUUUGUGGCUCUCCAGCAGGGUCAGCAUUGCCCUGCUGCUCAGAAAAAACCACCUGCAGUAAAGGAAUGAACAUUGCUGACUACAGCUGACCAGGUGGCCAAAGAUCCACGGGGAUGUAUCAAAGCUGCUAGGAAGUGGGGACCCACCACUUGGCUGCAAGGACUGAGCCUGGGAGACAAGUGAUGUAGCAUUUGUUUGUGUGUCCGUCCCACAGCACCAGGCUCAGAAAUCACCCAGCUGUGUUUGGCCAGCGAGGAAGUGCCUGAGGGAAACAGGAGUCCCCUGUGCUCAGGCACUGAAACAGCCCUGUACCCUCAUACCACCUCUCCCAGCAUCCAUCGUCACAGACUGCUCAUCCAUCUUCUUUCCCUCGUGGACAGACUUUUGUACUGUGCUAUCAGUAAAUCAAUUCCCUGUUUACCUUCUCCAUAAUUUCCAAGAGUUCAUGCUCUUCCAGCAGUGGCAUCAUUCAAGAGAGAUGUGAGGACUAAUCCGAUCUGCCACAACAUUCCAAACACACAUUUCUCCAGCCACUGGCAAAGCUGAGACAGCAUCGCCAGCAUCACCUCCCGCCUCAGUAUCAGCUCAGUCCCAACGCAGGCACCAGCCACCUACAGCUGUGCCCUGGCAGAGCCCAUCUCCGUGAGUGACCAUCUCACGGCACCAGGUAGGUGUCAGGAGCAGAGGGACAAGUUCUUCAUCCUGCCCUGCCCAGAUCUCCUCACACAUCAUCUACUCACAAUGGAGAUCAAAACCUCUUCACUUCUUCGGCUUUUAUUUGACUACCUGAGGUUGCUGAGGGAGGAAACCUGUCAUUUCCUUCAGGGGAAAAGAGAUUUUAUGACUGAAGGUGAAGCAACAGAACAAAAGUCUGUAGCAAGUGGGCUGGACCCAAGUGGACAGGCACAAGAAAGCCAUUCCCCAAGGAGUUCAGCUGGAGCUGAUGCUACUAGAGAAAUAUAGCAAAAAAUGCUUCCCUCUGUUGGAGCUGUUGGGGUUCACACUCUCCUGGCUGAUGUCAGAUUGCUCCUGUCUCUGUCUGACCCAGCAGGGAAAAGCAAGACAUACCUGCAGUUUAACAAGUUAUGACACAUCAGUGCCACCAGUACAACUGGCUCUGAGUCUGUGUGGGUUUGGCUCGCUUUCUUUCCUGUCACAUGUGUGUGCCUGACAAGAGCACGCACACGGCCAGCUGCUGGGGAGCACAGUUAUUUAGCUCUGACAACUUGCUGGCUACUUGGCUGCUCCAGGCAGCACAUCACUGAGCCUUCUCUUCCUCUGCAGAGCAAGGGAGAUCCCAAGGGCAAGUGCAGGAUGUUAUUGCUGCUAUCAUCUUCAUCACUGACAUCUUCACUGUGCUCAGGAGAAGAGCAGGUGGGAGUUUAAAAUGCUGACCCUCUUCCCUCGUGGUCGAGAUGCAAAGAUCAUCUGUCUCUCCCCUGCACUGCUGCUUAAGAGAGAUGAAGGUCCGGAUAUCCCAGGAUC